CAAUGACAAUUUUGAAGCACAUUCAAGUGAUACGACGCGAAAUUCAAAUUGUCGCGGCGAUAAGUGACAUCGAUUUCUUAUUGGAUGUUGGAAAAUGUGUACGCGCAUGCGUACAUUUACAUCGUGGACGAAUAAAAAUAUGUAUAGCUCGCAAAGUAAUUAACCUCGACGUAUGUAUUUCGUUGAAAUUUUUAAGCAACAUUUUCAUUAAUGAGAAAUGAUUGUUUCAGCGGUGUAACUCGAAUUUCUUUUCAUCUAAACACCGGCAUGAUCGCAUCGCCGAGUACUGAUACCGAUAAAGAGGUUGAAGAUCCUGUCGAGCGGAUGCUAAAAAAAACCGGUUGCAUGGAAUUGCACUAUCAAGUUCAAGAAUGCAUAGCUGAGCAUCAAGAUUGGAGAAAAUGUCAGAAUGAAGUAAAAAAGUUUAAGGAAUGCAUGGCCAAACAUACAAAACAGCAAGAGUCGAGAUUUCAAUAGUUGUUUGAUUGUAAAAGAUUAUA